CGGGCGCGGCUGGCUCCGGAUCCCUACCUGCGCAGACAUCGAGUCAACAAAUAAGCUGAGCACAUUCAACUAGAAGAGAAUCAAAGACUAGAGGCAUCAUGGCUUCAGUGUCUACUCACGGAAACCAAGAUAAAGGCCACCAUUUGCCACCACCAAGCAAGCAGAGUCUGUUGUUUUGUCCGAAAUCAAAACUGCACAUCCACAGGGCAGAGAUUUCGAAGAUUAUCCGAGAAUGUCAAGAAGAAAGUUUCUGGAAGAGAGCUUUGCCUUUUUCUCUUGUGAGCAUGCUCGCCACCCAAGGACUAGUCCACCAAGGUUAUUUAGCAUCUAACCCAAGAUUUGGAUCAUUGCCCAAAGUUGCACUUGCAGGUGUCUUGGGAUUUGCCCUUGGAAAGGCGUCAUACAUACGAGUAUGCCAGAGUAAAUUCCAUUCCUUUGAAGACCAGCUACGUGGGGCUGGUUUUGGUCCAGGGCAUAACAGGCACUGCCUGCUCACCUGCGAGGAAUGCAAAAUUAAGCACGGAUUACAUGAGAAGGGAAGUUCGCAGCCUUCGGCUUCCUAAACUUCUAUCUAUGGAUUUUGAUGUUUCUCAAACCUCUGAAUUUGCACACAUUUUAAAUUUCCAGUGUACUUUAAAAUAAUAUACGUAGAGUGGAACAGAAA